UGAAGGUAACUGUCAUGGUUACAUUUAAUAUCCAUUUCAACUCAGAAGAUAGCCAUAUGAAAUGUUUUUCCUAAAGAGAAUUUGAGCUUGUAAUGUACUGGCCUUGAAUUCAUGUCUUGGAGAAGUUUUUAUCUUAAACUGAAACUUACAAACCAAACCAUGUCCCUUUAGUUCAUCUAGAUGGAGCUGCAAAAAUUGCAUCUGAUCUUGUUGAUCUUCUUUAAUCAUCUGAUUUGCUUGUUAGGUCAACAACAAAGAGCUGGUUUCAUCUACAAUGGCUUUCUCCAAGCUCAGCCUGAUCUUCAUCUUGAUGGAGCUGCAAAAAUCCUCUCCCCAGAUGGAUUGUUGCAGCUGACCAACGCCUCAACACAGCAAAUGGGUCAUGCUUUCUUCAAGAAGCCAUUUGAUUCAUCUGAGAAGAACUUCUCAUUCUCAACUCAUUUUGUGUGUGCACUUGUGCCUAAACCAGGAGCUGAAGGUGGCCACGGAAUUGCCUUUGUUGUAUCUUCCUCCAUAGAUUUCAAACACGCAGAUCCAACACAGUACUUGGGGCUUUCCAACAUCUCAACAAACGGAUCUCCAUCUUAUCAGCUUCUAGCUAUUGAGCUUGAUACUGCUAAAAGCGUAGAGUUUGAUGAUAUAGACAAGAAUCAUGUCGGAAUAGACAUCAACAGCCUCAGGUCUAUAGAGUCUGCUUCAGCUUCAUACUAUUCAAACACCAAAGGGAAGAAUCAAAGCAUGAAGCUCUUAAGUGAAGAGCCUUUACAGGUAUGGGUGGAUUAUGAAAGAACUUUACUCAAUGUCACAGUAGCUCCUCUAAGAAUCCAGAAGCCAAACCAUCCUCUCUUGUCAAGAUCCAUCAAUCUUACUCAAAUCUUCCCGGAUCAAAAACUGUUCUUCGGAUUCUCUGCAGCAACAGGGUCAUUGGUUAGUUACCAAUAUAUCUUAGGAUGGAGUUUCAGCAGAAGCAGAGAGUUGUUGCAGAAACUGGACUUGUCAAAACUUCCUCAGAUUCCUCAUCCAAGAGCCAAACAGAAGCAAACAUCUCCACUGCUUGUUGUUUUGUUUGUGUUACUAUCACUCAUAGUAUUGGCUGUUCUUGGAGGAGUUGAGUUAUAUAGGAGGAAGAAGUAUGCAGAAGUCAGAGAAGCAUGGGAGAAAGACUACGGUCCACACCGGUUUUCAUAUAAAUCUCUAUACAAAGCAACAAGAGGUUUUGAACAUCGUUUAGGGAAAGGCGGUUUUGGAGAAGUCUAUAGAGGGAACCUACCUCACAUUGGAGAUAUAGCGGUGAAGAGAGUGUACCAUGAUGCAAAGCAAGGGAUGAAACAGUUUGUAGCUGAAGUAGUGACUAUGGGAAGUUUAAAGCACAGAAACUUGGUUCCUCUUCUUGGAUACUGCAGAAGGAAAGGAGAGCUUCUUCUGGUCUCUGAGUAUAUGUCUAACGGAAGUCUUGAUAGAUACUUGUUCUACAGAGAAAAACCGCCUCUUUCAUGGCCACAAAGGUUUGUGAUUUUGAAGGAUAUUUCCUCUGCUCUCAGUUACCUGCACACAGGAGCUAACCAAGUUGUGCUACACAGAGAUAUAAAAGCUUCUAACGUCAUGUUAGAUUCUGGUUUCAAUGGAAGGUUAGGAGAUUUUGGAAUGGCUAGAUUUGAAGAUUAUGGAGAUAGCUUACCCACUGCAACUGCUGCUAUAGGAACAAUGGGUUACAUGGCACCUGAGCUAACAACAAUGGGAACUUCUACAAGAACAGAUGUUUAUGCAUUUGGUGCUUUCAUGCUUGAAGUAACAUGUGGAAGGAGACCAUUAGAUACCAAGGUUGCAGCUGAGAAAAGGCAUUUGAUCAAAUGGGUUUGUGAUUGCUGGAGAAGUGAUUCUCUGCUGGAUGCUGUAGAUACAAGAAUGGGACUUGAAUACUCAGAAGAGGAGGUUGAGAUGGUUCUGAAACUUGGGUUGCUCUGCACAAACAUUGCUGCGGAAUCAAGACCAAGCAUGGAACAGGUGGUACAGUACAUAAACAAGAACCUCCCAUUGCCCAACUUCUCACCAGAUUCUCCAGGGAUUGGAGUUUAUGUUCCGGUUUUGCUAGAAUCGGCAUUUGCUUCCAGAAACUCCUUAGCACCAUCAGCCUCUCCUCCUUCGCCUCAUAACUCCAUGUUUGUCACUCACACAAUCACAUACGGAGAUGGAAGGUGAAAAUCUUUCUUACAUUUUUUUUCCAGAUAAAUACAAUGUAAUCAGUGUGUGUAUAUCAGUUUUAGCUACUUUCUCAAUUUGUUAAUAAAGAUUUGAAUGUGAAACUGUGAUUGAAACAUCAUAUAAGGUUAUAUAAUAGCAACUGAAUUCAUUAAUAAUAAAACUUGCAAAAAAGAUCUCA